AUGGCGGGCAGUGGAUCAGACUCAGAAGCCACCGCCGAGGCGUUGGAGAGUCAGUACUUUACUAACAAUCCACCCCCCUUGUCGCUCCACUCUCAUCUAGCCCUUACCCAGGCCUUCAUCGAGAGGCAUACGGAUCAGGGCAGGCGCAUUGCAUUGGUGACCUCUGGUGGCACGACGGUCCCUCUCGAGAACCAAACGGUCCGUUAUCUCGACAACUUCUCAGCCGGCACCCGGGGAGCAACGAGCGCGGAGUAUUUCCUGGAAGCCGGAUAUGCAGUCGUAUUUCUCCAUCGACAGUUCUCUCUACUUCCGUAUUCGCGGCAUUAUUCCCACAAUACCAGCUCUUUCUUGGACUACAUGAAAGAGGACCAGGAUGGCCGAGUGGUCGUACAGGAGCAGCACCAGCCGGAGAUGGUGAGGGUCCUGAGGGAGUACACCCAUGUGAAGAAGCAGAACCUCCUCCUCAUCCUCUCCUUUGUUACCAUCACCGAAUAUCUCUGGGAGCUGCGGGAGGUCGCGAAGCUCAUGCGGCCUGUGGGUGCCAAAGCCGUCUUUUACCUCGCGGCAGCGGUAUCGGAUUUCUUCGUGCCCAAGGAUCGUAUGGUCGAGCAUAAGAUCCAGUCGUCUGAGGAAUUUCAAGCCAAUGGCGACAACACGAACAGCAAGCCGCCGGCUGCUCGCACGGAGGGCAAGAGUCUCAUCAUCGACCUUGAGCCAGUGCCCAAGUUUUUGAAGCAGCUUGUGGACGGCUGGGCGCCAAACAGCAUGAUAGUCAGCUUCAAGCUCGAGACCGAUCCGUCGAUGCUGGUGAGGAAAGCGCAAUACGCGUUGGAGAAAUAUCAGCAUCAUCUCGUGAUCGGCAACUUGCUCUCGACGCGGAAGUGGGAAGUUGUGUUCGUGUCAGCAAUGGAUGGCGAGAAAUGGAUUCGCGUUCCUCCGAGCAGACGGACGAAGAGCUUGUCUGGAAUCGAGGCAUUGGUUGGUCGCGCCGGCGGUGCGGAUGGUGAUGGCUCGGAGUUGAAGCAUUCUGAUGGCCGGGCCAUGCAAGGGGAACCGGCUGUUGAGAUCGAAUCUCUGAUCAUUCCUGAGAUCGCAGCAAUGCACAGCAGACUCAUCAGGGAGAGUGUGCGAGAAAAAGGGACCGUUUAG